AGCACAGCGCGUUUCGCCGCCCGCCCCCAGCCUGCCCCCGCCUCCAGCGCCCUGAGGAGACUCCCUCCUCCCCGUCCGGCGCAGGACCGCCCCUUCCCGCUCCGGCAGCGCACGGGCCCGGACUGCCGCACCGCCGGGACCGCCUCACACGGUUUUCGGCGUCGCCUUCCCGCUGCAGCUGGCAGCGCCCACCAGCGCCUCGGACCCCCGGGAGCUCGGGGACUGCGCAGCGCCUUGCACGGGAGAGAAGGCGGCCGCGGGGAGCGCCGCUGCUCCGCGGGCGGCCGUAGCGGAUUCCAGCCCGGUCCCGCUCGGCGCCAGAGCCCGGCCGUACGCAGAUGGCAAGUUGCACCCAGAAAAGGAUAAUACAAAUCACUGGAUUUAAAAAUCAAGAGAAGAAGGCACUACUCAAAUGCCUGUUCAAGCUGAACUGUGUUUUUGUAGAGAGUAAGAAAUACAGAAAUUGUACACAUCUUGUAGCAAAAAAGCUGUGCAAGAGUGAAAAAGUCUUAGCUGCCUGCGCUGCUGGGAAGUGGGUACUAACUAAGGAGUACAUAAUUAAUAGUGCUGAAAGUGGCAGAUGGCUUGAUGAAACAACGUACGAAUGGGGAUAUGAAAUUGAAAGAGACACCCAUUAUUCACCUCAAAUGCAAUCUGCACCUAAAAGAUGGCGUGAAGAACUGACAAACUCUAGUGCUCCAGGGGCCUUCCACAGAUGGAAAGUUGUCCUCCUUGUUAAGAGAGGUGAUAAACGAAUGGCAUGUAUUAGAAGUGCCUUGCUGUUGGAUGGAGUUCUUAAAGCUGGAAAGGCAACCAUAUGUUCAUCUGAAAAUGUGGAGCACGAUAUAACUCAUGUAUUCAUCGGUGGUAAAAUUUCUCCUUUACAAAAUAAAAAGCAUCUCUCUGAAGCUCGACACUACAGUUUGAAAUAUAUAGGACAUUACCUUUUUCAAAAUGAAAUACAAAAUCCCGAAGAUACACAGAUGAACGAUGUCCUGGCUGCACAAGAAAUGGAUCAAGUCACGUCUACAAUGAAACUUGCUGAAAUGAAAAAUGUUAUUAUAAAACAUAUGUAUUUUACUGUGACCAUUAAGCACAGGCUUAUGCAAACAGACCAGCUGAACAAAUGCAAUCCAGAGGUUAAAAGUACUAACUGGUCCAGAGGUACUUGGUUUAUACUUCAAGGAUUAGUGGAAGAGGACUUACUCCAUGAUGUAGUCACAGAACUUGCUGCAGGCCAUAUGUACAGUGCACCUCCUGUGCAACUUCUUCAUCCUCUUCUAGAACAUGUCCUAUUGGGAAACACCGAUACAUUUUUUUUUGCCAAACUUUGUCAUGUUUUUUACCUUGUUCUUCAUUGUGAACCUCCCUGGAAAUCCCCAUUGAUGUUGAAGUAUUACUUGGAUUUUCUUCAGUGUCCUAUCUGUAAGAAAGGCACAUGGUCCUUUAUAGAGAUGCUUGUAAGGUCUUGCCUUUAUUGUGAAACAGUUUGUCAUGCGGUCACAGUUUCAGAGACAGAAGAUGAACUGAGGAUAGUUCAUAAAACAUUAUUGAAGUUUUUCUUUGAUUUAGUUAAAGGCGAAGUAGAGUUUCUGACAAAAAGUUUGGUUGAAGGAACAAAUUCACAGCAUCAACAAGUCUUGCCUCAGACGGUUCUUCUGAAGACAUUCUUGCUUGAAAGUGAAACCGCAGUGCUUUUUACCAAACACAUAAAUAUUCUAGCAGAUUGGGUCAUAUUUUCCCAUAGAGAAUUAAAUGGAAAAAAUGAUGCUUUCAGAAGUGAAGUUGCUGGUCUGUUAAAUGCAAUUCUUGGAACUGUAGUGGACUAUUGGAUCAUCUCAGGUUUGCUCAUGGACAGAAAUGUGUUUCAUCAAGUGCAUGAUUUGGCACAUUACCUUACCAUUUCAUGUGACGAUUUUUCUGCAUGUCAAUUAAAAAUGUUUCUUUGUGCCAUACCAUCCGACUGGCUUCAGCUGUUUGUUGCAGAAGUAAUUUUCAAACAAAUGUGUUUACAGAGGAAUAUUGCUGUUUCUACAGAACCUCUUUCUCUUCAGAAAAUAGUCUGUUCCUAUUCACGUGCUUUGCGAGCGAUAGGGAUGCGUGAGACAGAGAUACACAAAGCAAAGAAAAUGAAAAUAGGGCAACAGCCAUGCCCUGAGUCUCAAAGGACAUUACAGAUGCUAAAUGGCGAUAAGCAGAACCAAGUCAAAGUGCUGCCUGAUCUACCUGACUUAAUCUUUAAUAAGCUUACAGGAAAAACAGAAGUCCAGACUGCACACACCAAAGGGAGUUAUCUUUUGGCUGAAGAGGUACACAAGAGAAAUAUUAAAGGAGAGACAGCCCUGCAUAAAGCUUGCAGAAAUAACAAAGUGGAGAGAUUGAUUCAGCUUCUCUCUUUGCCAGGAACAGACAUUAAUGUUAAAGAUUAUGCUGGCUGGACGCCUUUGCAUGAAGCCUGUAACCAUGGUAGCACAGCGUGUGUCCGUGAAAUUCUGGAGCGUUGUCCGGAGGUAGACCUGCUCAGUCAAGUGGAUGGGGUGACUCCUUUGCAUGAUGCACUGUCAAAUGGACAUGUAGAAAUUGGCAAGCUGCUACUUCAGCAUGGGGGGCCAGUCCUUCUAGAGCAAAGGAACUCCCAUGAGAAACUGCCACUGGAUUGUGUUGAGUCAGUCACAGCAAAGGAAGAACUUUUCAAUCUUGUUUAUCCAGGAGAGAGCAUUGAAAUCUUCUAUGAAUGCAGAGAACAAGAUUUUUGCGAUCAGAAGAAAGAACUGUGUUUGAUUUCAUUUACUAAGAUGCUGCUUAAUUUUUGUUCCAUUUAUAAUUUGUCAACACCCAUGACUGUAACUCUGAGAGUGAUACCUUGUUCAAAUGUACUUCCGGUAAUGGCUUGUGAUAGCUCUAAGAUGAAAAAUGCAUUUUCUGGAGAUUGGUUGGUAGAUACAUAUCUUAAAGCGCUAGAAACUUUUGAAAAACUACCACAGUUUCUUCAAGAAAUAUCUGAAAGCAUGUUAUUCUUCCCUGGUGAACAGGCGAAGGCGUUAUUAGCAGCUCUGGAAACUAUGGUAGAAGCAUGUCAGUGCCUAAAUCUUUCUAGCAGUUAAAUUCCAAACAACCACAUUGGCUGAAUCUUGAGUGUUACUACCUUCUACUUGCCUGCAUGUGUGUAAUCUUAGAAAAGUGCUGUAUCAUUUAUACUCAGUUAAACUGUCUUGGAAGUUGUUUUGUUUUUUUUUUAACAUGCCUUGUGCCAUAUUUCUCUUCGGUUUUCAGAGGCAGUGACCCUAAACUUAAACCAAGCAAUUGGUUGUUUAAUUUCCUGAGAAAGGCUUAUGUCAACAUAUUUUGAUAUCCCUUAAUAAAACUAAUGUUAUAAAUAUGUAAUGAAAUAUAAACAUAUGGAAAAGCAAAUUCCUUCUAUCCAUUUUCUUCUUAUUUAAUAAAAAAUAAUUAAAAUGAAAAUUUAUGUAAGUAAAUUCUUAUGUAAAUUAAUUGCAUGUUACAAAAUUCAAAAAGGAAGGCACUAUAUAUUUAUAGAAUGAAUAUAUAACAUUUCCCAUGUCUUUGUUUGAUAGAAGUGGUCACCCAAAGAUGUGGAAAAUGUUAUUCCUCAUCAGCACUAUGUUGCUUGUAGUCUCAUUUAUUUGUGCAGUGACCAAGCGAAGGAGACUGGCUCAGACACUUGGUGAUCUGCAAGACUCCAGUGCAUACAACUUGCUGCUUCCCCAGUCAGUGAUGCUUUGAAGAACUAAAUUCACCCUCAGCAAAACUUAAGGCUGUCCUUGGCUCUGCUCCAACUCAUUGGCUUGCAGUGAUUUGAUAAAACCAUUACUCUGGCCUGUAAUGAUCUGGUAACACUCCUGGGACAACCUCAAAGGAAGAUGCAGGUAGAAGCAGUGGCCCAGAGCUAGUUAUGCUGGCAGAGGUAUUUACAAAGGAUAGAACAAGAGUUUAAAUAUAUACUGGACAUCAUAUUCUGAAACUAAGAAUGGAUAUCCUUAAAAAUUAUGCCCCAAUUAAUUUGAAACUUUGAUUCUCCUUUCUGUGAGUACAUGCAAACUACACAUGGUAAACCUCUAAACUAAUGCCCUAAACAAUUUAGGAUUGUAUACUACAUAUUCUAUCAGACAGACUUCAAACUUAAUUAAGAAAAAGAGACAUUUCCAUGUUCUUUAAAAGAUAUUGAAGGCAAGGCAGCUGAAUUACCUACUUGUGCUUAUGGGUUUGGGGUUGUAGAAGAGUUGCAUGUUUUGGGGAGCCCUUAUUGCUCAUUUAUAUAGAAAAAAUUAUAAUUCCUGUCCUGUAUCUUUGUAGACAUCUGGAGAAGAGAUACUUAAACAGAAGUUUAUCCCUUUCGAAGAGAAAUAAGAGCUGCUUUAGAGUAAGAAUACUUGAUUAUUUUUUCUAAAAGAUUCAGUAAUAGAUGACUUAAAAACUUAACCUUUUAAAAGGUAGGACGAAUAAGCAGCAUUCCAAAUUCCAGUUUUUCUGUAAUAGCCAUUUAUAAUAUUAUUUAAAAAAAGAAUGAAUGUGGAGUAAGAUCUGCUUAUGUAACUGAUCUUGCUUGACUAGAGGAAUUCAAUUCCAUUGAUUCAUCCAGCAUGUGCAAAAUAAAAUUUCCGUUUAGCCUUUCUGCAGCUGAGAUAUAUGAUCUCAUAGCAAUCCACAGAAGAUGCUCAAACCAAGCUGACUUUGGAACCAGACCUUCCUUACAAAUGUUCCAUGCUUAUUAAUGACCAACUAUUAUUUUUUUAAAUAAAUACGUAAUAGACUAAAA